CCGGUCUAUAAAAAUCUGUGCAUUAAUCAUUUACGUUCAAAUCCUUCUCGGGCUUCCAAAAUGGCAGUAAAAACCGGAAUCCUUUUCUUCAUCCUGCUCGUGGGAUGUCUAGCUAUCCCCAAGCCCGCGUCGGAUGACCUGUCCCAGUUCUUCGAGCAUGCCAACCCAGAUUCCCGCAUCGUCGGCGGGACGGUGGCAGCCAUCGGCGCCCACCCUCACAUGGUGGCCAUGAGCAACGGUGUCCUGAUCAGGAGCUUCGUCUGCGGUGGCUCUCUCAUCUCCUCCCGCACUGUUCUGACCGCUGCCCACUGCAUCGCUGCUGUCUUCAGCUUCGGGUCUCUGAGCAGCUCCCUCCGCGUGACCGUCGGCACCAACAACUGGAACCAGGGUGGAGUGGCCUACGCCCUGGCCCGCAACGUGACUCACGAGCACUACGUCAGCCAGACCAUCAAGAACGACAUCGGAGUGCUGAUCACCUCCUCGCCUGUGGUGUUCACCAACCUCGUCCAGCCCAUCACUGUGUCUUAUGAUUACGCCGGUGCUGGAAUCCAGUCCAGAGCCGCUGGUUGGGGCAGAAUCAGGGCCGGCGGUCCCAUCUCCGCUCAGCUCCUCGAGUUGACCGUGACCACCAUCUCCGGCGAUCAGUGCGUGCGCGACGUCGCCCAGGCCUCCGUCGACUUCAACGUCGCCGCCCCACCGGUGGAACCCCACGUCGAGCUCUGCAUCAUCCACUCGCCGAACCACGGCAUGUGCAACGGUGACUCCGGCAGCGCUCUAGUCCGCCUGGACCGCGGCACCCAGAUCGGAAUCGUGUCGUGGGGCUUCCCCUGCGCCCGCGGCGCUCCCGAUAUGUUCGUCCGAGUCAGCGCCUUCCAAGACUGGGUCGCCCGCCACUUCGUUGCUUGAAUAAAUGACUUGAUAUGAUCGUGCAAA